AUGGGUUGUGCAUCUUCUCUACCAGACCGGAGUUCUGGGCAGUUGGGUGUACUUAAUCCGGACAGCAACGGGUCAACCGAUUCAAAGAGCCUUCGUGUAAAGCUCGUUUUGUUAGGUGAUUCUGGUGUUGGUAAAAGUUGCAUUGUCCUUCGCUUUGUCAGGGGUCAAUUUGAUCCAACAUCUAAAGUAACUAUUGGAGCCUCAUUUCUCUCACAAACAAUAGCGCUACAGGAUUCCACGUCAGUGAAGUUUGAAAUAUGGGAUACUGCAGGACAAGAGAGGUAUGCUGCAUUGGCCCCGCUCUACUACCGGGGUGCUGCAGUUGCUGUUAUUGUCUACGAUAUAACCAGCCCAGAGUCCUUCAAUAAAGCACAGUAUUGGGUCAAGGAACUUCAGAAACAUGGGAGUCCUGAUAUAGUGUUGGCUUUAGUUGGUAACAAGGCCGAUCUUCAUGAGAGCAGAGAAGUGCCUACUCAAGAUGGCGUGGAAUAUGCUGAGAAGAAUGGAAUGUUUUUCAUCGAGACUUCUGCAAAGACAGCUGACAAUAUCAGUCAUCUUUUUCAGGAAAUCGGCAAACGGCUCCCUCGCCAGCAGCCAGAACAGCCCUCGUCAUGA